CUAAUGCCUACAUCUCCUUUAUUUUGAUUAUAUGGCGUUUGACACCAAUGCUCGUGCGUACACUGUGUGUACGUGGGUGUGCGUGUGUGCUGUUUCAGUUGCAGUCCGGAGGGGCGGGGUCCACAUGGCACUCCGCUCACUCGCUCGCUCGCUCACUCCUGAGUAUGACAGCCGCCUCAUCGCAGUGAAAGCCGCUUUCCACGCGUUUUAAACGUGUUGCCUCACCAGCUGUAUUUAUUUAACACCCCGCUAAAACGUCAUCCUCUGCUCAUUCGGCACUUUUGGAAUUUCUGACGCGCUAGCCGGCAGCCUGAAGAGGAUAGCGGCGCAGCUUUUUCCAUGGCCUUUUCUGCAGCAUCCAGCGUGGUAACCGUGGCAACGGCAGCCUGACCCUGUGCGUGCUGCUACAGUUACUGCACGCUUGACCUGAAUUCCGCAUCACAUCAUAUGGAGGCAGCCAUUACUUGGCAGUUGACCUGCUUCCCAUGAUGAUGUGAUGGACCAACAGAGGGUGCUGCAGUCUGGUUGCCUGGUCUCAGGGGUUCGUACGCCGCCCGUGCGACGCAGCGGCAAGCUGGCAAGCCUGGGACGCAUUUUCAAGCCGUGGAAAUGGAGGAAAAAGAAAAAUGAGAAGCUGAAGCCCCCAGCAGCGGUGGAGAAGAAGGCAGCUUUGCGACAGAAGCAAGAUGACCUCAUCAAACGGACCCCUGGGGAGAUGGAGACAGGGGCGGACCUUGCUUGUGGAGGUAACAGUGAAGAUCAGGACACCCCGACUCAGUCAGACGGCGAGGAAAGAGAUGAGGAUCCCAUGGCGCUGCUGGCUAGCACCACUGAAGAUCGGGGCAGUGAUUCAGAGACGUCAACAGUCCAAGAUGUGAUGCAGGAUUCCAAGGCGGUGGCAGAUCCCAGUCACGGUGACAAUGGAGGCCGCGCCUCGCUGGGGGACCCCUGUGAGGAGCAUUUGCAGGCGGGGAGGGCGGAGGCCACUGAAGGAAGAAAGGACGUGACCCAUCCUCAGAGACGUGCCAGCACCCCUCCUGGACCCAACCUGCCUGUCAGAGUGCUCACCAGGCUGGGCAGCCUAGAUGGUGCACCGCCAGUGAGAGUUAAAAAGUCUCCAGCUACGUUGCCAAGGAAUUUCACGCUUCCCAAAGACCCUCAUGGCUCCCUGUUAAGAGGCCGGAUGUUGACUCCAACAGGCUCCCCCCACCUUGGUGCACUACAUUCCCAGCUCCCCCCCAGUUGCAUAAUUGAGGAACUGCACCGUGCUUUGGCCACGAAACAUAGACAAGACAGCUUCCAAAUGAUGGAGGUACGUGCAUCUCCCAAACGCAGAUUAGACAGUCGCCUGUCGCGCACCUCCAGCACAGAGAGGGAACCUGGUGGCCAGGUGGAGAACAAGAAGCAGUCUGAUGAGAACAAGGAGAACCGGCGUCUGGAUGAGUACUUCAGCGACCAGGAGAGCUGGAACGAGUCCGUGAUCUCUGGGACCCUCCCGCGCAGGAUGAGGAAGGAGCUUCUGGCUGUGAAGCUUCGGAAUCGACCAAGCAAGCAGGAGCUGGAGGACCGCAACAUCUUCCCAGUCCGCAGCGACCAGGAACGGCAGGCCAUUCGUCAGCAGAUAGAGAUGAAGCUGGCCAAGAGGCUGAGCCAGAGACCUGCAGUGGAGGAGCUGGAGAGUCGGAACAUCUUGAAGCAAAGAAAUGACCAAAGUGAACAGGAGGAGAGGCGGGAAAUCAAACAGCGGCUCAACAGAAAGCUCAACCAGCGGCCGACAGUGGACGAGCUGAGGGACAGAAAGAUCCUCAUUCGUUUCAGCGACUAUGUGGAAGUGGCCAAAGCUCAGGACUACGACAGGCGAGCAGACAAGCCCUGGACCAGACUGUCUGCUGCUGAUAAGGCCGCCAUACGGAAAGAACUGAAUGAGUUCAAAAGUACGGAGAUGGAGGUUCAUUCUUCCAGCAAACAUCUGACAAGGUUCCAUCGGCCUUAGCAGGGUUUCUUCUGUGAAGAGCUGCUGAUGUUUGGUUCAGUCCGUGAAGCCCUUGCAGAGUCUUCCAUGUGUACUGGCCCACAGUCAGUGGAUGUCCUGAUAUUUGAUAUAUCCAGCAAACCUUGGAGGCUAUGUCUCUCGAAAAGGAGCCGCGCGUAGACAAGAAGACACGCAGCAAAAUCUACUCAGAGGAGCACCGGCUUUCAUUGUCCCGGAGACGUUUUUUGUAAUCAGACUCUUUUGAAAGACUUUCUUUACAAUGCCACGGGGGCAAAAGUGCACGUGGCCCAGUUGCCGUGUCCCACUCUUGUUUGAGAAGUCACCCGCCACCCCCGUCCUGUGUCUUGACUCACACUUGUUCCGUUGAUGAUGAGUUUCAUAUCGACAGCAUUCAUGUUCUUAAAAGGAAACCUCGUCUGUGUACAAGACAACGUCCCUUUGUCAGCACUAUUUAUUGUCUGCACAAUAGAGGUUUUCAGUUUGUAAGAA